AUGACUACCCUUUUGUUGAUUGCCUCCUGUAUUAGGGAACGUAUUUAUGAAUAUGACUACCGGAAAAUGAUGACCAUUUCUAGCGCCCCUUUCUAUGAUACUGCGCCCGGAGUUGGCGACCAGCUAGGAAGGAAAGUGGAGCGAGCUCCCGGCGGGACUGCUGGGGACCGAGGAAUAUCUUUGAAUAGCAAGCGUAUUGAGCAAAUGGGCGAAUGGAGCAACAGACUGAUUCAGCCCGUUUGA